CAUUGGAAAGAUGCGUGUUCAAUAAGAUCAAAGACCACCUUUUCGAACAGAUUAACAACGGUCAACAUGGCUUUGUUCCUCGGAAGUCCUGUGUUACACAGCUCAUUGAAGUCUUUGAGUAUAUUGGUCGUGAGCUGGAUCUUGGGAAACAAGUUGAUGUGAUCUACUUGGAUAUGUCCAAGGCGUUUGAUCGAGUAAGUCACAUGCAACUGUUGAAACGACUUCGUGAUUUUGGAUUCGGUGGCAAUAUUCUUAACUGGUUUAGAUCUUACCUCAAGGACCGUCGGCAGCAGACUACAGUACUUGGUGCAACAUCAUCAGCACUACCAGUAACCUCCGGAGUUCCACAAGCCUCAAUCCUUGGACCGCUACUGUUCCUAUUAUAUCAGAAUAAUCUCCCCAACUCCAUCAACCACUCGAAGAUCGCGACGUUUGCUGACGACACAAAGAUUUACAAGGUGAUAAACGCGAAGGCUGAUGCAUCCGCUAUGGAGAAUGAUCUUGCGAAUUUCCAAACCUCCUCUGCCAAUGCUAAUCUUCUCCUCAACACAGAUAAAUGUAAGACACUUCGAAUUACUAGAAAACGCAACAAAAUCGACCAUACUUUCAAGUUGCAAGAUUCCGCUCUGGAAACCAAAGAUUGCGAACGUGACCUUGGCGUCUGGACCUCCUCCACCCUCACAUGGUCGAAACAAGUCCUCCACCAGUGUGCCCAAGCCAACAAAUCCCUCGGGUAUAUUCGACGGUCCACGAUCAAAAUCAAGACCAUCUCUGUUCGUCGGACUCUAUAUCUUACCCUCGUUCGUUCCCACCUCGCAUACGCGUCCCAAGUUUGGGCUCCACAAACUGUUGACCUCAUUAAGCGUACAGAACGCGUUCAACGACGUGCGUCGAAGUACAUAUUGAACCUACCGUUCUUCUGUGACAUCAACUAUAACCAUCGUCUCUCAACAUUAAAUCUACUACCUCUGUGUUACUGGCACGAGUACCUAGACAUAUUGUUCCUUUUCAAAUCACACCAUGACAUUAUUAACCUAAGCAGCGACAUACUACCUCACCCUCAAAAUUCAAGUCAACGUACCCGAUCUACAAACCCUAACUGCCUACAAUUUCAGACUUCAGCAUGCAAAACAUCUACCUAUCAAAAAUCAUAUCUAAUAAGGACUACUAGAGUCUGGAACACACUGCCAAUGGAUUUAACUAUUAAUAGCAUGGCAACUUUAAAGGACUUUAAAAAUAAGUUAUUAAUCUAUUAUAAAACAGCACUAGAUAAAUGUUAUGACGUUGACGAUCCACGAACAUGGAAAUCGGUUUGCUUAAAAUGCAACCAAGCUCGCGACCUGACAAGGCCGAUAACGUGUUGUUUUUAGAUUUAGUUUUCAGAAGUACCUUUUCACAUUGGUAUCUAUGGGGCCUAUUCAGGGUUUUGCUGAAGGUUUAGGAUUGUGAGGGUUUCAAACGUCUUCUGACUCAGUCAGCUUCCAAAAAUGGAAGUGGUUCUGCGGGUCGCAAUGUGAAAAGUUGCAUCUGAUAGUUCGUUAGUAAUUGAUUUUUUCUAUGUACGUAUAUAGUGUAUUUGUAUAACAUUUAGGGAUCGCAGUAAUUGGCGUAAGCUGUUGCGAUUGCCCUGCCAGUUUUUUGUGUUAACGUUGUUUAAAUCUGGCAAAGUUAAUAAAUAAAAAAUAAAUAAAAAUACAACACAUACACAGAUGGCAUGAUGGAGAGCACUUUUCCGUGCUUGGAAUACACAAUAAGUUAUUCAAUUGCCUUCAGCUGAAUAGGUGCAUUCAAUGCUAUAAUGAAAUAUUGUCUAUCUAUCUAUCUAUCUACCUAUAUGGUUCGCAAGAUGCUCAUCAGAAGGUUGAACGUACAUGAUUAUGUUGAACAGAAUGAAGAUCGAAGCGAAGAUCAGGUUACACCAAAAGAGGUAAAAUUAGCAGAAAAACGAAACACGUGUCUACCAACGGCUGAUGUAUAA